CUGUGAUGUAAUCAGACAGCUAAAAACACGCGGACAAACAAAAGGAAAAUGAGUCAGAGUCUGCUGUGAUAUUUUCUUUGUAAAAAAUGAAGAUUCGAUUUAUUUUGAUCUCGGUCUUCAUGUUUUUACUCGCACAAGGUGUUUCUGGUGUUGAGAAAGAUGAAGUGUCAGCAUUUGUGAUGACGGGAGAUUCAGUCACUCUACACACUGGUGUUACAACAAACCAACAAGAAGAUAUAAUAUGGUAUUGUAAUAACAUUCGUAUCGCUCAAAUCACUGGAGAUCUCAGGUAUAUAUGUACAGACGUUCAGUGUAAUAAAGGUACUGAAAGAUUCAGAGACAGACUAAAACUGAACAAUCAGACUGGAUCUCUGACUAUCAUAAAAAUCAACACUGCAGACACUGGAAUUUAUGAAUUAAAGAUCUUCAGCAUUAGAAGCAGCAGUAAAAAGACUUUCAGUGUUACUGUUCAUGAAGUUUCUGCUGCUGAUGAAAUGGAGAGAAAGUCAGUAAAGGAGGGAGAAUCUGUCACUUUAGAUCCUGGUGUGAUGAAAAACCCAAAUGAUUUUAUGACGUGGCAUUUUAAUGACAUUUGCAUCGCUGAAAUCAGUGAGGAACCCGAAAAGAUCUGUACAGAUGAUCAUUGUAAAGAUGGCGAUGAGAGAUUCAGAGACAGACUGAAACUGGAUCAUCGGACUGGAUCUCUGACCAUCACAAACACCACAAUCACAGACUCUGGAGUUUAUCAUCUACAGAUCAACAGCAGCAGUUUCAGCAUAAUUAGGAGCUUUAGUGUUACCGUCACUGGUUAG